AUGGUAACCCUUUUCUUUGAAAACUUUCUCCCCAUAAACGCGAAGGACUGUCCGGACGGUCGGCUUACAGAACAAGCAUUUCUUAAAAUAUAUCAACAAUUUUUCCCAAAAGGAGAUCCAAAAAAGUUUGCAUCUUUUGUUUUCCGAGUCUUCGAUGACGACAAGGACGGGAUGAUUACGUUUGAGGAGUUCAUCCGCGCCCUCUCCACCACAUCUCGGGGGACUUUUAAGUUAUAUGAUUUGGAUAAUGACGGAUAUAUAACGCGAGAAGAGAUGUGUUCUAUAAUAGAAGCCAUUUAUCAGAUGUUGGGACCAAACAUAGAGAAUGAAGAGGAAAACGCAGAAAAGAGAGUCGAAAUGAUAUUCAAUCAUUUGGAUACUAAUAAAGACGAUAAGCUCUCGAUGGAUGAGUUUAUGGAGGGCUCGACACAAGAUCCCAAAAUCGACGGGAUGAUUACGUUUGAGGAGUUCAUCCGCGCCCUCUCCACCACAUCUCGGGGGACUUUUAAGUUAUAUGAUUUGGAUAAUGACGGAUAUAUAACGCGAGAAGAGAUGUGUUCUAUAAUAGAAGCCAUUUAUCAGAUGUUGGGACCAAACAUAGAGAAUGAAGAGGAAAACGCAGAAAAGAGAGUCGAAAUGAUUUUCAAUCAUUUGGAUACUAAUAAAGACGAUAAGCUCUCGAUGGAUGAGUUCAUGGAGGGCUCGACACAAGAUCCCAAAAUCGUUGCCGCACUCUCUCUAUACAACAUUCACAACAAUUAUUAACUUAUUAUUACCCGUCGAACGACACAAUGAAUUACAAUUUUAUGC